GGCGCGGGGCGCGGCGGAAGGCCGCGCAGGCGGAGGCGCAGGGCGGUGCGGGGCCGCAGGCGCGCCUCGCUCCCGCCUGUCUGUCCGUCCUUCCUUCCCUCCCUCCUUCCUUCCGCCGCCUCAACCGGGCCCUCCCCGGACCCCGCCGCCCCAGCCCCCGCCGCCCCGGCCCGGCCCUCGCCGCCCCGGCCCACGAUGGAGGCGAACCCGCCGAAGCGGAAGGAAACGCGCAAGUCGCUGCGGAUCAAAGUCAUCUCCAUGGGCAACGCGGAGGUGGGCAAGAGCUGCAUUAUAAAGCGUUACUGCGAGAAGAGGUUUGUGCCCAAAUACUUGGCCACUAUUGGCAUUGACUACGGCGUCACAAAAGUGCAGGUCAGAGACCGAGAGAUCAAGGUGAACAUUUUUGACAUGGCAGGGCACCCAUUCUUCUACGAGGUGAGGAAUGAGUUUUACAAGGACACACAAGGAGUCAUCCUGGUCUACGACGUUGGGCAGAAGGAGUCUUUCGACGCCCUGGAUGCUUGGCUGGCUGAGAUGAAGCAGGAACUGGGGCCACAUGGGAACAUGGAGAACAUUGUCUUUGUUGUCUGUGCAAACAAGAUUGACUGCAGCAAGCACCGCAGCGUGGACGAGAGCGAGGGGCGGCUGUGGGCAGAGAGCCGCGGCUUCCUCUACUUCGAGACCUCGGCGCAGACUGGAGAGGGCAUCAAUGAGAUGUUCCAGACUUUCUACUCUGCCAUCAUUGACCUGUGUGACAACGGUGGGAAGCGCCCUCCCUCCAGCAUGGGUGUUGGCUUCACCAAAGAGCAGGCAGAUGCCAUCCGCAGGAUCCGCAACAGCAAGGACAGCUGGGACAUGCUGGGAGUCAAACCUGGAGCCACGAGGGACGAAGUGAACAAAGCCUAUCGGAAGCUGGCCGUGCUGCUCCACCCGGAUAAGUGCGUGGCUCCCGGCAGCGAGGACGCCUUCAAAGCCGUGGUGAAUGCCCGCACCGCGCUUCUCAAGAACAUCAAGUAGGAUCAGAGCCACUCAGAGAUGGAAACCUUCCCCUCUCCCAGCUCGCUCCCUCUCCUCCUCACGCUGGCAUGGGACACCACGGGAGCAGAACUGCGUCUGACCUAGUGCACUUGUGAUGUGCUGGAAAGGGGGUGUGAGUGCUGAGGAGGAGAGAGGGACCCUGCAACCCUCCCUGCAUCCCUGGUCUUAGGUCAGUGGUUGGUGUAAGUUCUGAAAUCAGUGAGGUCCUCACCUGCCCUGGCUGUGUUACACCUCCUGGGUACUACCAGGGAGAAACCUGCUCUGGUGGCAGCUGGAGUUACCGCCACAGGGAGAGACUGCUCCAAGAGCGUCCUCCUCCUUGUCCCCAAGCUGUUGUGGUACCAGGAACAGUCUCUCUGGGCUCACUUCCAGCACCCACGUUCUCCUCACAGUACAGUCUCCUGCCACCAUCUCCUAAAGCUGCAGUUCUUCAAGCCAUGUGCUCGCUCUCUCCUGUCCCUCUGCUCGCGCUGCGCAGGCGAGCUUUGGGUAGGUGCCACUGCUCUGCUGUCCUUGGGUGUGGGUGGCCCUGGCUGUCUGCAGGCAGGAGGAAGGUGCUUACCCAUGGAGGAGGCAAUUCAUGACUGGCUGUUGACUCUGCCCUUCCUCCCCUUUGCCAGCCUCAUCUCUUGAGCUUCACUUGCACCACAGAGUUGUGUGGAUGCCUGCAAUCUCCCUGCUUACUUGGCCCCACCGUGCUCUCGGAUGGCAGAGGGGGCACAUUUCUCCUCCAGUUGUCUCCUCUCACAGCAGCAAUGUGCCACUGCUGUUGCUGGUUGUGCCAUGGGUUGCUCCCUCCUAGUCAGCUCUUCUUUUCUUUCAAUGCUUUUGCUGAUUUAGAGGGGAGCAUUUGUGGUCACCCCACCCCUUGCAGAGGCUUCAGAUCUGGUCAUCAUGUUUGUGAGGGAGAGCAGAGCUGUGAUGGCUGCCUCUAAGAGGAGAGCAAACAGGAGGUUCCUUGGGCUCCAUGGUUUAGUCAGGACUCAGUUUUCUUUCCUUGUUGCUGUGUGGGCUUGGCUGGGAGGAUCCAGACACUACACUAUGACAUGAAAAUGUGACUCUGUGUCCUUAUCCCAUCCCACAGGUGUCCUGUCCCAAACUUUCCUCCUAUGGUCAGUGCAAUAUUUUUUUUUCUCUCACUUCAGGGCACUUUUUCUAUAUUUCUCUUUCAAAAUACAUCAGUAGCCAAUAGUAGAUCCCACUCUGCCCUCCUUUUUGCAGCAAGCAUGAAGGGACUUAAAAGCCAGUAUGAUUUUUACUCUGGUUUCUGGUGCUGGGUUGCUGGAAAGAAGACAAAAGCUGCUCUGCUCAGAAGCAGGGGUUUGUGCUGCUUCAGUGUAGAAAUAACCACGGGGAGGUGCUGCUACAGGAGUUUAAAACAGCUCCAUUUUUCUUCUCCUGGGUGUGUAAGAAGCUGGGCUGAGAGAGGUCAGACACUGAAGCUGUGAAGUUGUACCAACGUAGGUCUCAUUCCACAGGCUUUAGAAUGCUGUGGAGUUCACUGGGACUUUCCCUACUUAAUCUGGUGGAGGAAACCACUUCUGGAGGAGAGUAAAUAAUCCUGUUGCUGAAUGGUGCACUUCAUGUUGAGGGCAAGAUAUCAGUGCCUGGAGUGGCUGAAAGGUUUCCCUGGUUCCUGCAGCUCAGGGGCUCUCCAGGUCUCUUGUGUCCCUCCUGCUUGUUCCUCAGGUUGACUCUGGCUGCUGGUCUUGGGGAUUUCUCCUGCCUGUUACUGAGCUGACCAGAUGUUUGGAGGUGAUUACCCAUGCAUGUCACAUCUAAGGAUGAACUUCUAAGUUGUGUUCUUCUUCUAAAUUAAACUCCCCUUUGGAAGAAAGGAGGCCCUGUGAGCUGUCCUCCCAUGACGACC